AUUAUAUUUAAAAAAAAAAUUCGCGGUAAUAAUUACCGCGCAUUUUUGGUGAAUGGUAAAUUAAUAGUGAUAGUGAGUGAUAAUGUUGGUAGAACGACGGGUACAAAUUAUUUCGUGCAAUCAAAUAGAAACGUGUCGUUCAAAACACACGGAACGAAACGAUACGGCGAGUUGAGGACAUAGAUAAGGAGGACUCCCCAUUAUUGAUAUCGUAUCAAUUUGACCAAAAUUGAAAUUCUAAAUUCUCUCCGAUAGACGAUAAAACGAACGGCGCAGUCAGUGCUCCCGUCGAGUCCAGAUGACGUCACCACAAUAUUGAGAUUCGUGAUUCCAGGAAAGGUGUGGAUUUUCCCGAUUGUUAUUGUUUUCGUAUAUCCGUUUCUCAAUAGUUUUUUUUUUUUUAUUAAUGUAAAUAAUCGUCGUGCAUUUACGAAACUAUCACAAACAUGAUAUUGUCCGUUCCAUUUUAGUGAAAUUUCCGUCACACACGUCGUGUUGACAACAAUGCACUGCGGCUGCGACAUCGUAUGAGUAACAGUGUAAAAUUUUGGUCACCCGCACAGUUGUAAUAGAGGAGGCCACACGGCCAGAAAUUCACCGACACGACCACUAAAAGUCGGUCUCCCGUCAUCGAGUCGUCAACAGGUUUCGAUUCGAUUUGAGCAACGGGUUUGUUCCGAUGUUGGGCAUGGCACACAACCUGGCACCGAGCGUCAAUUGUUCGCUGGACGACAUCGAUCUGAACGCGUUAAAGGUGUGUAUAGUGACAUUUUUGGCAUGCCUGCUAUUUUCACGUAAACCCAUGAUGCGUGUGUAUCGUGCGAUUUUAUUACCUAGUCUACUUAUUGUCUGACAUCUCACGCAUGCCUUAAUUUUUAGGAUCCAGCUGGUAUAUUUGAGCUGAUCGAAGUCGUCGGAAAUGGCACUUACGGGCAAGUCUAUAAGGUAAGUGAUCUAUCAAUUUCCAUCAAAUACGAUAUUUGACAAUCUGUAUCUGACACUGUCGUUUGACAGUUUAGUGCACUUAGGACCGUUCUCACCAACAUAAACUCUGUUUAAAAAUCAAAUAAACCACUUUCUUUUUUCUUUUUCUUUACGUCGGUGAGAACAGCCUUUGAGUUUGUUUCUAGUUACGCUUUUUAAUAUUGUCGAGUAAUCAAUAAAUUCUUGUAAGUUGCGUUGAUAAUUUUAUAAACAAAAUACUUCUUGUUCAAAAGAAAUUUAAUUUCUGUUUACUAUUAUGAAAUUAGAUAGGUAUUUAUAAAUUAUUAUCUUAUUAUUAAAGGUUUGAAGUAUAUUAUUGUAACAUUUGAGUAAUUGAAUCAUACAUUUUCCUAUGAUUUUUAUCAUCAAAUAGGAUAAUAACAUUUUUAAAUCUGAUGGAUAGGCAUUUUGUACUUAUAAUUGUAUUGUAUUUUUCAGAGCAAUAACCUCUACCUAGGUACUUUAUGUCUAGGUAGAUAUUAUUUAUUUUUUUAAAUUUAUGUUGAUUAUCAUAGCCUUGAAGAAACUAUGCUGUAGCUAUUAGAUUAGGGCGUGCCAUUUUUAGUAUAAUAAUUGGCUGUUGACCCUUCAAAGUCCAUCAACAUCAAUUAAUUCUCUGCUACUGUUGUUAUAUAAUUUGUAUUGUUCAUUAGAGUAAAUGUCAUCAUUUUCACGCAUUGAUCAAUUGUAAUUAUUAUUAUUGUUCAUUGUGACUAUAGUACUCUUGUACCUGCAAAUUGUUUCUUUCAAUAAUAAUAUAAAAUUUAUUAAAUUCUAUUUUGAACAAUUUAACAAAUAAUACGUUUAUCAUGAUUUUAAAAUUUGUAUUAGUAAUAUAUUUUUAAAUAAGAACUAUUACAACUUGGAAUGUUUGGAAAUUUAAUUCUAUUCAUUCUGUGAGAGUUAUGAACCCCAACAAGUUAAGAAAGGUUACAAUAUUUCCUUAUAUUAUGACACCAAUUAUAUAUGAACCGCCUACGUUUUUAAUGAAGUGAAUCAUUGUAUGUGUUGUCAUGCACCAGUGAUUUUAGUAUUUCAUACACAUUGUACAGUAACAACUCAGUACUAAUACUACUAUAACUACUAUUUAAUUUGGUCGUGUAAAAAUAAAUUUGUUUAAUAAAUAUAAUAUUCUUAAUUAUUCUUACCUAUAUUAAUAGGUGGGUAUUUUUAAAGUCACAUUGUGCCUCAUAAUAUAAUGAAAUAACAAAUAAUUCUCUUUAUCGGCUCACUCAAUUAACACACAAAUCACUCUUAUUAACUCAUCAAUAUAUUAUUAUUAUCAGUUUAUUAUAAAUAUGUCUAGUUUAAAAAUGUGUUACUUCGAUAUAUAUUAUUAUAAAUUAUUUUAGAUAUACAUAUACAUUAAUAGAUAAAUUAAAAUGUAUUUAAUUUAAUACUGUAUGACUUAUGAAUAUGAUACAAUAAAUUUUAUAUUAUCUUAAAGUUUUAAAAUAUGAAAUAUUCUGCUAUUAGUAUACUAUAUUUACAGUGUGGUUAGAUAUUUAUGUAUUUUUAUUAUUACUACGCACUUUAAUUGUAGUAAUUGAUGAUUAAUUAUUUAAAUGUAGGUAAUGUUUGAUAUGUAUAGGGGAAUUUUCUAACAUUCCUAUUUAUUUAUGCAUAUGACAUAUUCGACUAGUUGAGAUGAGAAAAAUAUUGAUAAAAUUAAAUAAAUAAUAUAAAUGGGCAACUAACUAAAUAAGUAAUAAAAUAAAAUAUAGGUAAACAGUUAAUAGUAGCCAUAAUAAUCAUAAUAACAUCAAUACCAAUAGUACUAAAAAUCACAGACAUGUACCAAGUUUUCCAAGCCAUUUUAUUGCGGCUUGUUCACUCUCGUAUAGUUUUGCUAAUCCUUUUGUAAACAUUGUACUAAGACACGUCUCGAAUAUAUGUUUAAUUGUCUGCAUUUCUCCACAUUCACAAAGUGUGGAGUUUGCCAUGUUCCAUUUGUGAAGUAAAUAAUUGUAUCUUCCUUGUCCCGUUCUUAUUCGGUAAAGUGUUAACUAUUUAGCCCUUGUACUACCCCAAUCAGGGACUUAAAAAAAUGGUUCCUUAAUCGGGUGUCUAUUUUGAAUUUCUGUCUGUUCCCAGCGUUUGAUCCAUAGGUGUUCUACAGAUUCUUUCUGAUGUUGUGAUCCAACUGAUGCUCCUUGAUCCUAGAUUUUUUAAGGAGUUCUGGAAAAGAUUUUAUCUGCUCCUGCCAUUUUUCUGUUUUUCACAGAUUUUAGUGCGUUUAAACCUCUUCAGCCGUGAACUCACUCAUAAGAGCAGACUUUUCUUCACAAUUCCUUAACUCCUCUUGGGAUUCUCUUUGUAUCUCGAUUUUUUUGCUUUUAUGGGGCUUAAUAUUUGAUGUUUUAAAAAGUAUGUUAGCAAUAUCAGUAGCUUACCUUUCUUGAUGGCUGUGCUGUACCAAGCUUCCUCAGGAGUGACCAAUUUUUCCUACUUGAAUGUGUGUAGUCCAUUUCUUCCAUAGCAGUAAUCCAUCUAUUCUUUCUCUCCAUCAAGGAAAGCCAUCAGUUGAUUAGCAGUUUUUUCAUUUCCGGUUUGAUCAUAUCACUUAGUUUAGAGUCACACUCUUUGCUCCAGUAUGGAAUAUAAUUUUGUCUAUGCCCUUUUGGUAUAGACAAUGAAGCAGCUUUUUUUAUAAGCUUUACAAAUCUGAGGUAGUUUUUCAAAAUAGAAGAGAUGUGGUUUAUGUUUUUCUUCGUGUAUUUAGUGAAAUCCAGUCAUUAAGCCUUUUAUAGAUUUCACCUGGACAUUUUAAGGUUGUUGAUCCUUGGGAAAUAGACUUCUAUGUCUAUAAUAACUGAAUUGUGCUGACAUUUGAGGAAGUUUGGUAUGAUUGAUAUUAAUACUCUUAAAAGUUGGUCAUCUUUGUCUCUUGAUGUAAAACAGAUCAGAUGAGGUGGUUGUCCCCCAUCGUUCUGAUUUAAAAGUCCUACCCUGCUUGGCGUUAUAUACUAGAUGUAAGUGAUAAAUAGCAGCCCAGCUGGUGAGUUUUUCCUCAUCUUCAUUUUCUCUAGAGUAGCCCCAUUCUAUGCUAUGUGAAUUAAAAUCACCUAUGUAAAUUAAAGGGAUUUAUUGAACUGGAAGCACCAUGUCAGACCAUCUUUCUGAAGGUGGUUUGUAAAUGUUAUAUAUUAUCAGAUUUCCUAGAGAUAUACCAAUUGUGUGUCCAUAACCCUUGAUAGGGUUUACAUGUUCUUCAAAGUUUUGGUUUAUGUAUGUUAUCGCCAGUCCAAGCUUUGCAUAUCCUUUGUAAUCAACCAUGUUGAAACCUUGUAUUUUCAGUUGUUUUGUAUCAUUUUCUGGUAAAUGGGUCUUUUGAUGCGCCAGUAUAUUUUUUCAUAUCUUUAAGCAUCUUGCUUAGAAUGUCAUACUUGGCUCUUGUUAAACCUUCUACAUUUAGGUGCGGUACUCGGAUUCUCUGUAACUCUUUUUUGCUACUUUUUUUUUGUUUGUCUAUGUAUAUUUUUGUUUUUUAUUAUUUAUUAUUUUUUUUUGUAGCUUUAUUAUUUUAUUUUUUCUACGCAAUGGCCAUGUGUGUCAGUAGAGUAGCUCUUAGAAGGGCUGUUUUUUUGUUGAUUAAGCCAGGAGGUCCAUAGACUUUUGGCUGUCGGUUUGAUGCUAUUUGGUUUUGUGUAUUCAUUAUAUGGUUUGCGAGAAUCCUUUGGUUUGAACAAUUUUAAAACAGACUGAAUUACACUACUCACAGGGGAGAUCACUAGGAGGUAUAGCAUCACCUCCCCUAUAUUCCUAUUAAUUAUAUUUUAUAAGUAUACUAAUUUUAAGACUAUUGACUGUAAUUUUUUUUUUUUUUAAACUGGGUAGAUUUAUGCUUUUGUAUAUUGAUAGUUAAAAGUAAUAAAAAUUUAAAUGGUUAUUGAGUAAUUAUUGAAUAACUCAUAAAACAUUGUGUUGUAAUUAUAAAUGUUGUAAAAGAAGUUGGUAUCCACUAAUUGAUAAACUCUUAUAACUUAUAGAUACAGUUUUUGUUGAAUCAAAUAAAUGUGUUGGUGGUUUUUAAAAAAAAAAAAUUAGAUAAUAAUUGUUAUUGUUUUUAUAGGGGCGACAUACGAAAACUGGACAAUUGGCAGCAAUUAAAGUUAUGGAUGUUACAGAAGUAAGUAAAAAUUUUAAUGUUUUUGAAAUUAACAGUAUUAUUUCAUGAACUUUGUACUUACCAAGUAUACAAUAUAUUAUAAGUAUCUUUUUUUUUGUCUUGGGUUAGUUAUAAUGUUAAUGUAUUCCUUUUUUAUAGGAGGAAGAGGAAGAAAUUAAAUUGGAAAUUAAUGUUUUGAAGAAGGUAAUUUUUUUCAUUAUAUUUUGAUUAGUUUGAAUUACACUGAUACAAUGGUUUAUGUUUUAUAGUAUUCCAAUCAUCGUAAUAUUGCCACCUAUUAUGGUGCGUUUAUAAAAAAAAGUCCACCAGGUAAAGAUGAUCAGCUAUGGCUCGUGAUGGAAUACUGUGGAGCAGGAUCAGUCACUGAUUUAGUAAAAUCAACUAAAGGACAGUCACUUAAAGAAGAAUGGAUCGCUUACAUUUGUCGAGAAAUAUUGCGUGGUCUCAGUUAUUUACAUUCAAACAAGGUUAUACAUCGUGACAUCAAGGGUCAGAAUGUUUUGUUGACUGACAAUGCUGAAGUGAAAUUGGUAGAUUUUGGUGUAAGUGCCCAAUUAGAUCGUACAAUUGGGCGACGUAAUACUUUUAUUGGUACUCCUUAUUGGAUGGCGCCAGAAGUUAUUGCGUGCGAAGAAAACCCAGAUGCUACAUAUGAUAACAGAAGUGAUUUGUGGAGUUUAGGUAUGAUAAUAAAAUUAUUAAAAAAAUAUAUCUAUACUAAAAUAAAUUAUUUAUUGUUUUUUUAGGUAUUACUGCUUUAGAAAUGGCAGAAUCUCAACCUCCUUUGUGUGAUCUCCAUCCAAUGAGAGCUUUAUUCUUAAUCCCAAGAAAUUCUCCGCCUAGAUUGAAGUCGAAAAAAUGGGCCAAAAAAUUUCAUAGUAUGUUCAGUUUAUUAAGAAAAUUAUCUUUAUUUAUAUUUCAUUUCAUGUAAAAUGUAAAUAUUUUAUUUGUUAUAAAGGUUUCAUUGAAACAGUUUUAGUAAAAGACUAUCACCAAAGGCCUUAUACAGACCAACUUUUAAAACAUCCGUACAUUAGGGACCAACCAACCGAGAGACAAGUCCGAAUUCAACUUAAAGAUCAUAUUGAUCGUUGUAAAAAACGAAAGCAAGAAAAAUGUAAAUAUUUAAUAUACCAUUAAUAUAUAUUAAUUAUAAUUAUAUUAAUUUUAAUUUAAUUAUAAUUACAUUUACAGCUGAAAGAGAAGACUAUCGAUAUAGUGGUUCUGAAAAUGAAGAAGAUGAUGAUCAUCAUAAUAUUGCUGGUGAACAACAUUCAUCCAUUAUUCAAGCACCUGGAGAUAAUACAUUAAGACGUAAUUUCCAACAAAUUCAAGAGGGGCGAACUUUAACUCCUCACGGUAAAGACAAACAUGGUAAAGAAAGAGAAGAAAUACCAGAACCCGGUCCUCCUGCUCGCCCUCCUAUAAUUCCCAGUAGAUUAAUUGGUAUGGUAACAUUUAUUCGUUAUAAUAAUAAUUAAAAUGUACAAUUAAUUUUAUUUGUUUAUCCAAUUAGUUGUCCCAGAUCCUCACCCACCUUCUAGGCCCCUUCCUCCACCACCACGCGAUGAUAGACAUUUUCAUCUACAACAACAGCAACCUCAGCGAAAUUCCAAUAUGUUCCAACCUAUGGUAAGUGGUAUUUUAUUAAAAUUUAUAUUUUAACCAGAGAGCAAACAAUAAUUUGAGAUUUGGAUGGUUUUGGUUUCUCAGUUAAAUGAAGUGAGUGCAUCAGCCAGACAGACUGAUGUCUCUGCGUCACAAAUUCAUCAAAAUGGUGGUGUAAAAAUUAUACCUCAAGGAAUAAUUGAAUCAGACUCUUCUGAUGAUGAUGAUGACGACGAUGAUGAUGAAGAAGAUGAUACUGCUCAUAGACAUGAUGUACGCCGUGCACCACCUAGAAGAAAAGCCAAUGAUGGAACAUUGCUUGCUAGUGAUCCACCAAAACCAUUGUAAGUUAUUUAUAGAACUUAUUUUUUUCUGAAAACAUGAGUGUCAAUAAUUUUGUUUUAUUUUUUAGACCAGCUGAUAUAAAUCCGAAUGCAUUUGUAAAUUUAGAAGGUAUUAUUCAUUUUAUAAUAUUUAUAAUAUUUGAUUCAUUUCUUGGAUAAAUAUACAUGUAUAAAUAAAAUUAUUAAAGUAGUAAAAUUUAAUUAUAUGAUUUUAUUUUGAUAUUAGGAUCAUCAUCAAGUUCUAGUACUGUUAUGGGACCUGGCGGUGCACCUAAUCGUCCUCUUCCACCUACACCCGAUGAGGAAGAAAAUGGUGACAGAACACUGGUAUUAAGAAGGGUGAGUGUUUUUUAUUUUAUAAGUUAAUGCACACCACAUUACACUUUUCACAAAGUUAGUGAAUGAUAAAUUGUGUGUAGUCUGAAUAAAUAAAAAAAAAAAAUAUAGAAUCAUAAGCUUAGAAUGGGACAUUUCCGACACUUUUUUUUUAGCAUGAAAUGUAAAAAUAUUUUUUAUAUAGUACUUCCUCUGAGAUUCUUUGGACAGUUAAAUAAAUAUCAAUAAUAAAUAAUUAUUUUAUUUUACAAUUGUCUUAAUCUAAUAAAAUAAUUAAAUUUGUAAUAAACUUUAUACAAUUUAAAAAUAUGCAUUGAUUGGUGCAUGAGUAUUAAUAGAUAAUAAUUGUUUUAUUUCAUUUUGAAAAAUGUCCCAUUGAAGUGCAUUACUUAUAUUUUAUAUAUAUUUUUAUAUAGAAAUAUGUUAAUUUUAACAUAUUUGUAGGGUAAUUUUUUUUUAAUUACAAAGUUAGCUCAAAUGCUUGUUUUUUUACUAAUAAUAAUAUGGCUUAAAAAGUAUGUUCUUUCAUACAUUUAGUGUGUAUUUUUUUUAUUUAUUUUUUUUUUAAUAGUAGAAAAUAGCUAGUAUCUUUUGGUGGUAGAAUUUUGUCCAUGUAAAUGUUUACAUUUCCCCAACAAUAAAUAUUUCUCCUUACUAUUCUGUUUACUUUUAAAGUUUUCAAAUGUAUAUUGCAUAAAUAAAACAAGAUAUAAUAACUAUUAUGAAAUAAUGCUUAUUUAAAUUUUACUCAUCUAAUCACAUAAUAAAUUUUAAUUAUUCUAAAGCUGGUUCCACAUGUAAACAUAUUAGUUGAUCUCAUACUCUUAUAGCAACGUUUUUUUCCAUGUUUAUCUAGAUACUAAAUUCUUAAACUGUUGUUAUUUACAUAAAAAUAUAAUGAUUAUUAUUUAAUAAUAACUUUUGCAUUAAAAUAUUUUGUUUAACUAUCAUUAAUGUGAAAAUAUGAUUGAUUAAAUAAUGUGGAUCUAGCUUAUAAUGGUGUAGGGUCUCUUUUUCAUCAACGUUUCAUUUCAUUGUAAAUAUAUUAUAUAUAUAUUUUUUGUUUAUCGAGAAUACAUUUACAACGAAGAACUCUUUCUCUAUCAUGAAAUUGUCAUAACAAAAUAAAAUUCUUUACAAUUUUUGAAAACCUUAACCUUUUUAAAGGCUUUGUUUUUUAAUAUCGUUUUACAGUUUUUCUAACAGAACACAAACAUCUAAAAAUUAUUUUUAAACAACCAAUAGACAUAAUAAAUCAUUGUGAUUACGUUUAAAUUUUGAUUAAUUUUCAAGGAAAAAGUCAAUUUUUUGUAAACAAUUUUACAGUUUUUGUUUAAUGUUCCUAAGAUAUAUAAAUAACAUUUUUAUUAUAUAUUAUAAUAAUUUAGCUAUUGAAGUAUAAUGGUAUAGUAAUAAAAAAUUUUAAAUUACAAUAUAUUUUGUAUUUAGUGAGAUUUUUUUUUUUUUUUGUAUUUGGAAUUUUUUUCACUUAGUUUGGUAUUUUAUUAUUUAUACACUUGCUAAGUAUUAUUUUAUUAUGUAAAAUAAAACAACAACAUUUUAUAAAACGCUAAUAUUUAUAAAUUUAUUUGGUAUUAUUUAUGAAGUUACAAACUAUGGUUAAUUUAUUAUUAUUAUGGACAUGAAAAACUAUAUUAUCCGAUUAAAAAAAAAAAUUCCAAAUUAAUAUUUAUUAUUUAGUGUUAUAAUAUUAAAAUUAAGAGCAAAAUAAAAAAAUUAUUUUUUUCAUUCAUAUAUAGGUUCAUAGGUAGGUUUAAUUGGAGUUCUAUUGUCUCGAGACUUGCACUACUGACCAUUAGGUUAAAAUUGUUUUAUUUUGUUUUAAUAUUUUAAAAAAUUCCCACACCAGUUAUCGCAGCGAAAACCAAAUUCAAAUGAUGGAAAAUUAGAUAUUGAUGAACAAAAAUUGCUGAAGGAUUGGGAUUUUGCGCGAUUCUUCCAAAAAUCAAAUAGUAUAGCGGAAAAAGACUCUCAUCCAAAAAUCAAAGAUGCAGUAUCAUCAGUACCAAGACGCAUGCCACAGCAGAAACGCAAUGGUUCAGAAUCAUCUGGUCCUUCUAAAUUUAUAACAAAUGUGUUCAGAAGAGAGAAUACAGACUUUUUUGUACCAUCAGCUCGCCAUUCCGCUGUGUUUCUUGAAGGAAGGCGCUCUGAUAUUCAACAAAGAAGAGGUUCAGAUGCUAGCAAAAAGUCGUCUAUAGAACGAACUGAUUCAUUAAAAAAACCAUGGAAGCCAACUAGGCCAAGACGGGAAAGAACUGAUGGUGAUAUUGUAUUGCAAUCUAGCAGACAAAGAUUGAUAAGACCACUGUUAGAAAAUAAACGUGUAGAGGGUGAUCCCAGAUUUUCGCGCGGAAAUGCUGAUAGUAGCAAGAAGAGUACUGGUCAAGAUAAUGGAUUUACCAAUGAAACUAAUCAGGUUAGAGAUAGAAAAGUAAAGGUUAAUAUAUCAUGCCAUGUGUUUUACUUUUUAAUACUCGUCCUCGCUAAUAAUACACAUAUCUGGUGUCUCAGUCACUCUAAGUAUUAUAUACUUAGUGUAAAGACACCUUAUAUACCGAGGGUAAUUAGGUUUUAUGUCAUAUUUUAAUUUCAUUCAUAUCACUGUUGAUCAUCGAGUCCAAAGAAUCUAAUAUUGUGUGUGUGUAUAUAUAUAUAUAUAUGUAUACCUAUAUAUAUAUUUAUUUUUUUUAUGUAUUUUGGUGAACGGUCAGUGGUAUUUGUGAAAAAUGCAUGACUUUAAACCAAUUUAUCCUGGUCAAAUGAUUUGUGGUACAAAUAAAUACUAACUGAUUCUUAUUGAUGUGCUUUGAUAUAAUGUAUCUUGUUUACUCUUUGAAAAAUAUUUUAAUGUUCACAUUCAAUGAUUUUAAUAUUUGGUUUUCUGUAUUAAAAUUAUUAUUAAAUUAUUUGUAUAGUUAAGUUUUUAAAACUUUUAAAAUAUAUUUACAUUUGUUUAUUAGCAUGAAGCAAAUUGAUUAUAUAUUUGUUUUAAAUUGGUUAUAUUAUUAUUUAAUCAGUUCAGUUUUUUAAAAUACUAUUUUGUUUACUUUAAUCAUUGAUAAUAUCUUAAAAUGCUUUUUGUAAACUUUUUUUUUUUAAUAAUUUCUUUUUUUGUUAGCCAUACAAAUUUGAUAUAAUUUAAUAUCAUAUGUAUAUAUAUAUUAACUUAUAAAACACUAUGAAUAUUCUAUUACCUAAUGAUCUGUAUAAUUUGUUUAAGUAAAUUAAAGCUAUUGAUUAUACUAUUUUGAAAUCGAAUUCAAAAAAAAAAAAGUAAAAUGUAUGUUUGUAUCAUUGCACAUCUCUAAAUAAUUCUCCGUCAUAGAAAAUAAGGGAAAAAAUACACAUUAUACUUGAAAUCAAUAUUAUGUCUGAUAUUUUGGAAUGUGCAAGAACGAAAUCGGAAUUGGUUUUUACUUUUUUCACAAAAUUCCAAAAUAAAAGUGUGUUGAUUAUACACAAAAAGAGUUUGAAUGGUGUAUGCUAUAUUUAAUCAAAAUGCGUUUGUGUUGUGUGCAUGUAAUAAAUAGUGUUAUGUUUGUGUUGCAUGUAUUAUGUAUAAGCAUUUUGUAAAUAGAUAUUUCGGAUAUUGUUACAUAAAUACAUAGAAUAUCAAAAUGAAUAAAACAAACAUAUUAUGUUUGUACAGAUAUUUGUUAAUGGCAAUAUAUUUAUACACUUAAUGUUAAGGUAAGUAUUUUAUAAUCGUACAUAAAAUAUUAUUUUCGUUAGCAUGAAUGAUGAUAUUUAAUGGGUUUAACUAGCUCACACUAAUUGAGCUUAACAUUCACUGAAAAUUGUUCACAACUAAUACACGCUACAUAACAUAACUAAUGCAAAAUUGUUUAAUAGUAUACAUGUGUUGUAAAAAUGUAUAUGUACAAUGAUUAAUUUUAAAUUGUAUAUUUAAAUUUUUAGAACCGUGACGAACGCCGUAGUGACUUCCAUAGGCACGAUAUAUCAGGUGGAUCGAGCUCAAGAACGAGUUCGGUUCUACCAGAUCUACUUUCUCAGGUUUAAUUGAUGAAUUAAUAAUGAAUACAAUUAUGGUUUUUUAUUAUUUAAUAUUUCCUUUUAUUUUUGAUUAGGCAUCAUCGAGUCCUGGUACUCCAAAUCAAAGACUGGACAAAAGUACUACCGAAGAGGUUUGUAAAACCAAGCAAAUACUAAAUAUAGUUAUAUACUUAAAAAUUGUUUUAUUUCCUUGUAAUACUCUAACUGUUUUUAUUAGAAUUGAUUUAUAAUAAUAUCUAAUCUAAUUUCAUUUUGUUUUAUGUUCAUUAACAUCAUUAACUCAAACAUCGUGCCACAUUUUGAUAAAAGUAAGUGUAGUUUUUCUUUUACAUUAAUUAUUACCAACAGCAAACAACUCACUUAUAUACACGUUUAAUGCCUACUACAAAAAUGGCUGUUGGUAUUAGAACACAAAUUAAUAAUUCAAUAAAAACGUUUUUAAAUUUAUUUUCUAAUUCAAUGUUUUUCUUCCGUCUAAUUUUAGUUUCAAAAUGCAAUAUCAAAAACAUAUCAAUUACUACAGAAACAGCGUUCAUUCCUAACUUUCGGUUUUGGUGCUGGAGGUACUGGCACAAGUACUAGUUCCCAAGGUCCAGGUCGUCGAGAAUCUCAUGUUAAUGUCAAUGUAACUCCAACUGUUCAUGAUUUAGCCUCAGAGACCCCAGAAAUACGUAAAUAUAAGAAACGAUUCAACUCUGAAAUUCUCUGCGCAGCAUUAUGGGGUAAUUUGUUAUUGUAUAAUAAUAUUAGUUUGUAUACAAAAUAAUAAUUUAAAAACAAACAAAAUUGUAUUGUCAUCAGGAGUUAACCUAUUGAUUGGCACAGAGACUGGACUUAUGUUGUUAGACAGAAGUGGCCAAGGUAAAGUGUAUCAACUAAUUUCUAGGCGACGGUUCCAACAGAUGGAAGUACUAGAAGGACAAAAUAUUUUAGUAACUGUUUCGGGUAAAAAAAACCGUGUUAGGGUCUACUAUUUGUCAUGGUUGAAGUCUAAGAUACUGAGAACAGACGGGGUUAGUGAAUGCACUUUAUCUAUGUUUUUUUUCUAAGAAAAUUAAUAAAACAUUUUUGCACAGCAAGUGGAAAGAAGAAACGGUUGGAUAAACGUUGGAGAUUUACAAGGUGCUGUCCAUUUCUGCAUUGUCAAAUACGAACGGAUAAAAUUCUUGGUUAUAGCUCUUAAAGACAGUAUAGAGAUCUAUGCGUGGGCUCCUAAGCCGUAUCAUAAAUUUAUGGCUUUUAAGGUACAAUGCCAUUAUCUAUAUGUGUAUUUCUAACCUUAACAGAAAAUAAUAAUUUUUUUUUUUUUAAAUACAUUUUCAGUCUUUUGGAGACCUUGUUCAUCGACCAUUACUUGUAGACUUGACAAUAGAAGAAGGGGCACGUCUUAAGGUUAUAUAUGGUUCAGGCGAUGGAUUCCAUGCUGUAGACCUAGACUCUGCGUCUGUAUAUGAUAUUUACUUACCUAAACAUGUAAGUAUAUUUAGAAAAAUAUUAUUAAUUUUAAUAUACCUUAAUGUGUUAUUAUUUCAAUACUUAAGACUCAAGGAGCUAUUGCACCGCAUUGUAUUGUUGUGUUACCAAAUUCUAAUGGGCUACAAUUGUUGUUAUGUUAUGACAACGAAGGAGUCUAUGUAAAUACUUAUGGAAAGGUAUGUAUUUAUUUAUUGUUUUUGGUUUAUUUAUUGUUGUUCUUUAACACAAAUAACUUUUCCAUAGAUGUCAAAGAAUAUAUUAUUGCAAUGGGGCGAAAUGCCCACAUCAGUUGCAUAUAUUGGCACUGGCCAAAUAAUGGGUUGGGGCAACAAAGCAAUUGAAAUACGAAGUGUAGAAACUGGUCAUUUGGAUGGUGUAUUCAUGCAUAAGAAAGCACAGAGGUUGAAGUUCCUUUGCGAAAGAAAUGAUAAGGUAUGUUUUUUUUUCCAUUGAACUUUUUAAAAAAAAUUCUAGUACAUAAUAAAUUUGUGUAAAAUAUAUAUAUAUAGAUAAAUAACAAUGCUUAAAGUAAACAAAUUCAAAAAUGUCGCUUUUAUGUAUAGUUUUUCAAAAGUUUAUAAUGUUAUAAAUAAUAUUUUGAUAUUAUUAUUACCAUCAAUAGUAUGCCUAUAAUACUUGAGAAACAUUAAUAAAUGUGUAUAUAUCAAGAAAAAAACUAAACACCAAUUCAAUAUUUUUUAUUUCAGGUAUUCUUUUCGUCCGCUAAAGGUGGGUCAUGUUGUCAGAUAUACUUUAUGACGCUCAACAAACCUGGUAUGGCCAAUUGGUAAAUCAAUUAUAAUCGUAAUAACAAAAAUUUGUAAUUCUAUUAUAAACCGGCAUUGAUCAACAUUAAUGGUCGUUAUAUUAUAUCAUAAUAAAUGGACCAAAUUAUCUGAACACCACCUACAAUGUGACAGUUUAUUAAAUUUAUUACCAAGUUAUAUAUAAUACAAAUUUUUAUAUGUAAUAUUAUAUGUUAAAUACGUAUAAUAAUAUUAUUGCUUCAAACAAAAAGACUUAAUUUACCAAUUGUGGUAAAAUAUAUAGAAAAAUAUUAAUCCUCUACACUAAUGUAUUUUUAUUAACUUUUCAUGUAGUUUUUUACCUUUUAUUAAUGUGCCCAUGCACUUUAAGAUUAUUAUUAUAUUUUUUUUAUCAAAACACUAGAGGCCAUUUUACACGUUUAAUAUUGUUUUGUAUGAUGCCCAGUGUAUUCAAAUGAAAUAUAACUGUGAAACAGAAAUAUUUAUGAACAAAUAUAUAGUAAUAUAAUAAAACUGUCAUUUAGAUAAAUCAUUAGUGUGUAUUGUUUGUUUAUUAUUAUAUAUAUUUUUUUUUUUAAUUUUUUUUUUAAAGCUCACAUUUAUUAUUUUAUGUUAACCGAUAAAUUAUAAUUAUUCAAUUUUAAAAAAUAUAAUUAUUUUAUACUUUAUAUUAUUUAUUAUGAUUUGUUAUUAGAUUAAAUUGCAAAUAAACAAAAUAGUAGUCCAUAAUUUUUAUAUUUAUAAUAUCAAUUUUGUUUUGUUAAGUGUCCUUGAUGAAAAAAAAAUCACUUGUACGUUUAUAUGUUUAUUAUUAUUAUUUUUUGUACUGAAAAAUAAUAUUAGUAAUAUUUUUAUGAAAUGAUAAUAUGUUUAGGAUUUUAGUAUUUUAUAUUUUGUUGUUUUACAAAACAAAAACAAUUUCUAAGAAAACUAGACAAAAUUGUGGUGCUUCGUGCUAUUUUGCAAAAAAAAAAAAAAAGAGCUAAACAAUUCUAUUGUUGUACUGUGUAUCAUUUUUCUUCGUCUAUUUAAUGUGUCAAAAUUUUUUGUAUUUUAAAUUAUAAUACGUGUUUUAGAUACAUAUUAUGUUUUUGUUUGAAACUAAAUUGCCUUUAUCCUAUAUGGUGUUCCUACCUUUUUCUGAUACCAGAAAUAUUGA